AUGAAUAACCCGGCAGCCUACACGCCCCUCGAGUCGCUGUUCCUCUUCCAGGCGCUGCUGACGCAGGGCCUCGAUGCGACGGCUUUCGUGCGCAUCUCUGAGGGGCUCAGGGGCAACUCCCUUAUUCGGGAUGGUGCCACGUACGACCCGGCACGCCUGGCGCCCGAGGCGCUGCAGCAGCUCUUCCUGCUGCUGCUGCGCGACGAGGUGAGGAGCGAGGCUGACAGGGCGUCGGACGGAGCCCCCGAUGCGUCAAGGUCGCCCAACUCGCGGAAGAGGAAGAUUGGAAGUCCUCCGCUGCCAUCGCUCCAGGACGCUUACAAUCACCUCGAGAAGAUCCCGACGCUGGUGGACCGACUGUACGCGCGGUAUCGCGACGGUGUCGUCAAGGAGGUGCGCGAAGACGAGAGGCGGUUUGGUACCGUGCAGAAAGAGAUCCAGCUUCUGGAAAAGGUCGAGAAGGAAAGGCUCGCCUCCAAGGCUGCCCAGGGAAGCUCACCAGCACCAGCCGCGCGCGACGUCAAGGUCGGCGCCGGCGCGCACGCAGCGAGCCCAUCUCACGUCCCGAUCGCACCAAACGCGACCCCGGGCGUCAAGCGCGGCCCGACACCAAAUACACCAGUCUACCCGCCGAAGCCACCCACGGUGACCCCAGUACAGACACCAGUCGUGCCGCCGAGCCACCCACCGGUUGCAGCACCGUCCGCGCGGCCGGUGCCUUCGCCCAAGCCGUCCGCUGGACCUGGGUCCGUGUUACAGCCUCCGGCCGGCGUGCCGCACACCGGUCCUCGAGUUCCGCAAUCCCCGGCGCAGCCUGGCAAGCAAGCUGUCCCUCCGCGUCCAGACGCGGCGAAGGUUGCCAAAGAUGCCGCGCCAGGCACACCACAGCCGGUACCUUCACCUGCCAGCGGUCUGAAGUGGGAGAAGCCAUAUCAGCCACCACAAGCCGGACAGGCCACUCCAAGUGGGCAGCAGCAGCAGCAGCAGCAACCACAAAUGGCAAACGUACCGCCGACUGCAACGAGUCAGCAGAAGCCCUUGCAGCCUCAACCGCCGCAGCCCAUCCAGCCGGCGCAGCAACAGCAACCCCUGGUGGCUCAACAGCGACAGCAACAACAACAAUACCCGGGCUAUCCACCGGGCCACAUCCCAGCGACUGCACAACAAGCACGUCCUGCUGGCAGGCCCGUUUUGGCGUCUCCGCAAGGGACAAGUCAGGUGCCAACGCCGUUACAACCCGCACCUCCUCGGCCAGCAGGAGUCGCUUCGCCGCAAGUUCGUCCUCCGUCGACGACACCCGUGCUGCCGCCCGGAAGACCCAUCCAACCGCAGCAGCCUCAGCUGCAACAACACGUUCAGCAAGCUCACCCGCAGCCUCGACCUAUUGCGGCUGCAUCUCCCACGCCACCAAAAGGCGCUGCUGGCCCUCACGUUGCACCUCAGAGAUGGCCUCAAGCCCAAACAACCCCUGCCCAGCAAGGACAGCGGCCUUCCCCUUCAGCGUCGCCCGCACCUCUGGCUUCCGCAAAAGAGAAACAGUACACGUCUCCCUAUACCACGCAACCCCCCCGACCCGCCAUCCCAGAGCACAUCAUCCGCCAAGCUGCUGGAACCCCGGCUGUCAGGCGGCUCAGCCCUGUGGCCGCGCCCACCACGCCGGGGGCGACAACACCUUCUUCUCUGACUCGCGGCUUCGGCACCAAAUGGGCAUCGCAGUCGACACCUUCGACGCCAGGUCCUGUUGUUGCCGAGCCAGAAAGCCCGGCCUACGAACCCGUCAGCCCUCCUCCGCGAGAUGCAUCCAUCGUGUCCGAUACGCCGAGGACCGGAAUGAGGAAGGUGAUGCCAAAGCCUACGCCGCAAAGCGAGGCGCCUACAUCGCGACCCCGGGGUCGCCCGCCGCGCAAUGCCCGGGCGAGCGCUACGCCUUCAGUUUCGAGGAGGAGUCAGUCGGUAGCGUCCCAGGCUGAUGAGCUGGCGUUGGACCAUCACUCUAUGCUCUCUACGACCAAGAUCAAGAAGGAGGCAAUGACGCCGCGGGCGCACGACGAUGCCGGCGACACCACAGCGGACGAGAGCGUGCACGGCCGGCCACACAUGGCCACACCAGGCAGCGUUUCUUCUCGCCUCGCGAAAAGGAAGCGACAAGAAUCACCACAUGAGUCGACACCGCCACUGAGCCAGGUGCUUUGGACGCGAGGCUUUACGAAAGUUUCGUCGUCGGCCCUAGAUCAGAUCUCGAGCCAUCGCGACGCCAACAUGUUCGCAACGGGGGUUCGUGAGAAGGAUGCGCCCAACUAUCGCCAAAUCGUACUACAACCCCAGGACAUCACGUCUAUACGGGCAGCGAUCAAGCAGGGCAACAAGGCAGCGAUCCAGGCGGCCUCCAGCCUCUCAGGAGGAGACCCUGGCACCGCGAGCGUAUGGCUGCCUUUCUCCGAGGACCUCGUCCCGCCCAAGGGCAUCGUCAACAGUGCACAGCUCGAGCGAGAGCUGGUGCACAUGUUCUGCAACGCCAUCAUGUACAACCCGGACCCGGACCGCGGCCCCGGUGCGGCGUUUAUGAAGCGCUCUCAGGACGAGGAGGAAGAGGUGGUUGGGUACCACGUUGACGAAAACGGGGUGGUCAAGAAUACGCGCAGCAUGUUCGUCGAGGUGGAGAAGCUGCUGGGCGACCUGCGCAGCGCCGAGAAGGAGCGCGGCGUGCCUCCGCCGCUGUCGGCCACGCGCCAGGCGAGCGUGGCGACCCCGGCCGACGACACGGCCGAGGACGAGGACGAACUGGCGGGAGACGGCGGCGCGGCAGCCAGCAUCGGGAAGAGGCGACGGAUAGGGACGAGGGGUUGA